GUAGUAAACAGAAAAGACGAAAAAAAUAUCAAUGUCUGAAAUAAUAGUAGAGCGUGGGAAGGUGACGUAAACUGACGUUAACACAACUCGAAAUAACAGUGAUCAAUACGACGGAGCUUAGCUUCACCAAACUUGAUGCAUGACAACCUUUUGAGAUCAGGCUGCAGCUUAUGAUGGGGUCGAUACUCUCGCAGAAUUCUAACGACACGAAAGGCAAAGAUGAAGAUUCGACGCUCAUUGAGAUGAUUUCAAGCCAAGGAAAAGAAACUACAACCGACGAAUAUAGAAGAAGCGAGGCCUAUUUGAAAAUGAAUCAGUGUCGAAUUGCAAACUGUCCGACAGACCCCAAUGCUCAUCAGUUUGUCAAGACAUUCAGAGAGCUACAAGGAAAAAAAGAACAUUUCUACGUCCAGCUUCAUAACGAAGUCAUCCAGUGGAGACUUAUGUUUCAGCGCGGRGUUUCCAACAAAUUUGAAAAUAACGACAAAGUAAAUAAGCUCAUCGGAGAGUUCAUAACAAUCCAUGAAAAACUUGACGAUUUUCUUGAAGAGGAGCGUAAAAAUAUUGAACAGAUUCUACCGAAGCGAAAGGCAUUGAAGGAUGUUUCUGACGGGCAAAAGAAGUCUAAAAAGGAUUCUUUAAUUCAAGGGGAAAGAGAAAGUUUGGAGUUGACUCCCGAGGCGAUGCAAAGGCUUAUGUGUUUUCAACAGUGUAACGAUCAACAUAUCAGAAUUCUAACUCAAGUUUUGUCUGACAUUGAGGACUGUAAAAAAUUUGAAUCUGCGAAAACCAAACAGGAGACAAAGGAAGUACAACCAGCGCCGUCGAACAAACCAGUUUCUAUAACUGUGUCAUCGGUUGAUUCGGAAGAAUUCGGAAUUCAGAGUGAAUCGCAUUCAUGAAUAACCAAUUACCAGUAUACAGCAGUGGUGGAAGCGCUGAAUGAUACUUGAUUCGAAUUCCGAGAAGUCAUUUCUUGGAUCCGGCAUUCCAAACCAAACAUCAGGGCGUAUCAUGCACGGUAGUACGAAGGGUUGAUAGCGCGGGCUAUCCAACGGUAAAAUUCUUAUCCAGUGGAUAAGUCGAUGCUAUUAUCUAAUACAUUUAUCCACUGGAUAAGACUUAUCCGUCACCGAUAUAGCGCUAUCCUUCCUUCGUACCGGCAAAGGCACUGGUAUAUCCAUGCAAUCGAAUAUCUACUAUAUGGACUGCCUGAUCCUGUGAACGGCUAUAGCUCAUCACCUAGAUCCACCACAUAGUGCAUGGUAGUUUCCAACGGGGUAUAGUAAAUUCGGCUGCAAAAUAAUAAAAAAUAAAAAAAUAAAAAAAACAUCAAAGAGGUGAAAAAAGAAACCAAACAAACGGUAUAAUAACAAACUUUGCUGCCGAACUACUGUGGUCAUGUGUUGCCAACAGAAUUCAUCUCAUAUACCAUGGUAAUGCAGAUCAAGUGCAAUGUUUCGCAACUAGUCGUCAAAAGUAAGAGUUUCUACUGAUGAUCUCGAAAUAUCAAUAGACUUAGCUUUCUUAAAGGCAACAGUACAAAGAUUUGACUGCACUUGCUUCACGAACAGUGCCAUUGUGAGUUACAGUUACUCCUGUGAACGGUCUGCAGUGACAUUUGACUUUUUGAUCACUUAUUCCCAAUAUGACGUUCUUCGCGAUCUGAACUUACUCUUUUUGUGGUCUCGUACCACGAGCCCGGGUUCUUCCUGAUCAGCAGGACAUUGAAGUCAGCAUGAGCUCAACAUCCGUAGGGCAUUUGCAUUAUUAUAUCAUUACUACGACUACCAGAGUCCCUUGCACACUUUGUUUUGUUCAGUAGGAUAGAGCUCUCUUGGUUCUGUAUAAUUAUUACCAAGUGUUUUACUAUUCUCAUGAGGAAAUACACUCAUGCAGAUUUGAAUGAGAAAGCAAUUCGCGAAGCAUUUUGUAUUAUAAGUAGUACAUAUGAAGCCGCAUCAUGUAAACAGUUGAUAGACAGUCAUGCUCAUUUGUCCUAUGAUAAAUUUUGAUCUAUGAUAAGAAAAAUGAAUCUUGUAUCCUCAA